AUCCAGCUCUCCAUGGACUGUCCCUGGGCCUGGCCGGACGCCCUCCAGGUGCUCUGCGCGCCGCGGCUCUGGGCGCUCUGCGUGCGCGACGUGCGCUGGCUGCGCAACCAGGUGGUGGCCCCGCUCAGCGAGGAGCUGGUGUUCCGCGCCUGCAUGCUGCCCAUGCUGCUGCCCUGCACGGGCGGCGCGCGCGCCCUGCUCGCCGGCCCGCUGCUCUUCGCCCUCGCCCAUUUCCACCACGUCAUCGAGCAGCUCCGCUUCCGCCAGGGCUCCGUGGGCAGCAUCUUGGUGGCAGCAGCCUUCCAGUUCUCCUACACGGCCGUGUUUGGCGCCUACACGGCCUUCAUCUUCCUGCGCACAGGCCACCUGGCGGGCCCGGUGCUCUGUCACUCCUUCUGCAACUCGGUGGGCUUCCCGGCGCUGGGGGCGGCGCUGGGGCACCGGCGGCGCCGGGCGCUGCUGCCCUGCUACGCGCUGGGCGUGGGGCUCUUCGCGCUGCUGCUGCGCCCGCUCACGCAGCCGCGGCUCUUCGGGGCGCCCCCGGGGGGGCCCUGCUCCUGA